AUGGGUGGUUCGCAAAGCACUAGAAAACUUAGUGUCGAUAAUGAGAAUGCUAUACAAGUAUCGCAAGAGGCAUUAGAUCGAAUACAGGCUCAGCUUAAUGCUAAACAAGCUGAACAGCCACCACCAAAACCUCAAUAUGCACCACCUCCUUAUUAUGAUUCUAUAAAACAACAAGAGCAUGUGGCAGAAGAGGCAUACUGGGCAAGGCGCAUAGAAAAUUUAAAACGAGCUCAUGAAAAAAUAAACAGUGGUAUGCACUUAGAAUAUCAAAAGACACUUAAAGAAGCUAAUGAUUUAUUUGCCUUUGUACAAGCUGACAAAGUAGUAAACAAACUACCACCUUGUCAGGAAGAAAAAGCUAAGGUAUUGGAAUGCUAUAGCUCAAAUCCUGAUAAAUCACUACUGUGUUCUGUGUUAGUGAAUCAAUUUAAUGACUGUGUAUGCAGGAGUAGGAUUGCAGCGGUAUCGGCUUCAUCC